CCCGCUUUUAUGAUCUAGCUAGUACCACUUUCUACGAAGCUCGAGCCUAAGGAGACGAGACUAUAGACCGUGAUCCUCGGCGAUGCAAUGCUCAAACCAAUAUACAACCACGCACAAUGACCUUCGUUCAGAAGAAUUUGGCCGGCGAUCAGCAUGUGAUAGGUGUCGAAGGAUGAAGACACGCUGCGAGCGACCGCAAUACGGUGACAAGACACAGCUGCAACAAUGCCGCCGGUGUAUACAAGCUCAAACGAACUGUAUCACCACUGUCGAGUCGCAAUUACUUCCAGGAAUGAUGCCAGAUGAGCGAACACAACGCUACAAACGUCCUCGAACACCUUCUUUUGAGUCAAUAGACACCGAUCAUCGGAAUGAGUAUACUGGAGCUUUUGGAGAGCAACAGCAAGACUUUUUCCUAGAUGGAUUCCUUGCACGAUCUAUAGCUGAGAGCACACCGUAUACUCAAUCAAGUGGGACAAAUUCUGAUCAAAACAUUUUACCACCAUCCCGUACGGAUCUACAAUGGCUCGAGUUCGGGCACGAUUUCGGCCUAGAAGAAAACCCGAUUCCUGAUAAUCUAGCAUUCCUUAGCAAAGUGGUUUCUCAUGAGAGUAAGGAAGGCUUAACAAAUGGAGACAAUCCGGAAACCGCGGUGCCAAUGGUGAACACAAAUGAGACCGUCUCAGCAACAGAGAAUGACUGUGGAAUACCCCAGUGCAACAGACUGGUUGACCUGAGAUCUGAAUCUGAGCUGUCAAACCAAAGCGUAACAAGAGUACUACUAGAGUUCAAUCACAAAAUCUCUUCAAGUUUACAGUACGAUAACAACACGUCUCGGAUUCACGAUUGUAUGGCCACGACUUUGGGACAUUCCAAGAAAUUUGUCGAGUUACUGAACAGAAUCGUCCCGCAUGAGCAAGCUAUCGAUAUCACGGUCACUCCUAAGGAUGCAACAGGCGAACUGCCAAUACGAAGUAAACAAAUCGACAUAGAAAUUGCAUUGCAAAUUCUAUCCUGCCACACGAGUAUGCACAUCAUGUACGAGAAACUGUACAAGUCUCUUGUUGAUCACGACUUUCAGCUAAAAGAAGCAACCAUACUGCCAGCGCUACAACUCGAGGGCCUGCAAGCACUGAGCUCUGAUAUGCGUAGUCACAUGCUGGUACAAAUCUGUAUGCUGACUUUGGCAGAGAUUCAGGCCAAGAUGAAUUCAAUAAGACGCAGUGGGUCACUGACGCCCAUAGCAGCAAGGACCUUCGAAAGUGUGCUUGGGACAGACGCAAGUGAGCCAUGGCGUCCGAGGGUCGGGGUGAAAUGCGUCGCGGACGAGUUCCGAGAUUUGCUUAGAAAAAAAUGAUUUCUUGCUCUAUGAAAGCGCGUCAGAUACACCGCCAGUUUUCAACAUGGGUGCAUAUCUCAUUAAUGCAUAACUGUGUGUUCAUAAAGGCUACUACACUAUCACUAGAAAUUUAAACGUUGAGACCAAGAACUAUAAGCGAUUCAAGACCUAUUCACCGUUGCUUUCUAAUU